CCCCGUUCGUUUGCCUAGACGCGUCGCCUUUCGUUUCGUCGCGGAAAAGACACUAUUUUGAAGCGGCGUAUUUCCGCCAACAUACGAUAUUACCUGCGUUACGUGUGAAACUUUUUCGCAAACGUCAUUGGUGCUUAGACGAAUUGAUCAAAAUUUGGCCAUAAAUAGAAGCAACCACAGCAGCAAGAUGAGGCUGUACGCCGCAGCAACAGUUGCGCUCUUUUUGCUUUUGGGGGGCCAAGCAGCUGGUGUGGAGCUGAUGGACGAGGAGGAGGCGGGGAAUGAUCAGAGAGCCGCCCCAGCCGAAGCCGAAUCCGAAUCCGAAUCUGUCGCGGGGACAGAGACAACCACUGAGGCACAGGGCGUGAGUGAGCCACCGAUCAAAUUGGUGCAUGUCCUGAAUCCCGGAGAGCGGGAGUAUCUGUCGCCCAAUCUGAUCGGCGUGCAGAACAUAGCCAUGACCUUCCUGCCGCUCUCGAUGAACUUCAUCAACAUAAUCGAUGCCUUCCGGGAGAUCACCAGCGGCGUGCGGUACGAGAUCCUGCUGAAUGCUGUGGACACGAAGGACAAGGAGAACGCGGACACCAUCUGCCGCCUGGUCAUACUCGAGAAGCCCUGGCUGCGCACCCAGUGGGGGGACAAGCAUCGGGAGUUGGUCACCUCGAACUGCACGGAUUCGGCGGAGAACUCUGUCUCCUCGGAUCCGGCGGAGCGGGCCCGGCUGCUGAACGAGAAAUACUUCGUGCGCAGCAAGCGAGGCCUGAAUGAUGUACCCCUGGGUGGCAGCAAGCCCUUCGAUGCGCAGCAAGCAGAGGAGCAGCUCCAGCGCACCCUGGACAAGCUAACAGCCGGCGAGGGACCGCAUUACAAAAUCGUGAAAGUCUACACGGCCUCGCGUCAGUUGGUGUCGGGCACUUUGACUCGCAUCGACGCCGACCUCAUUGACGGCAACACGGAUGAGCAACACCGCUGCAUCGUCGAGAUCUGGGCAAAGCCGUGGCUGGAGCAGGGACACGACAUCACCUUCAAGUGCCGCAACCAGAAGGUGGUGCAGGCCCGUCACAGCCGCUCCGUGGAGUGGGCCGAGAAGAAGACGCACAAGAAGCACAGCCACAGCCACCAUGCGCUGGACAAGGUGGACCAUCUGUUCCACAAGUUUCAGAUCCGGUUCGGGCGUCGCUACGACAACACGGCAGAGCGCCAGAUGAGGCUGCGCAUCUUCCGGCAGAACCUGAAGACCAUCGAGGAGCUGAACACCAACGAGAUGGGCAGCGCCAAGUACGGCAUCACGGAGUUCGCGGACAUGACCAGCACGGAGUACAAGGAGCGCACCGGUCUCUGGCAGCGCGACGAGCAGAAGCCCACUGGCGGGGCGCCAGCCGUAGUGCCGGCCUAUGAGGGGGAGUUUCCCAAGGAGUUCGACUGGAGGCAGAAGAACGCCGUCACCCCGGUGAAGAAUCAGGGCUCCUGCGGCUCCUGCUGGGCCUUCAGUGUGACCGGCAACAUCGAGGGCCUGUAUGCCGUGAAGACGGGCGAGCUAAAGGAGUUCUCCGAGCAGGAGCUCCUCGACUGUGAUACCACAGACAGUGCCUGCAAUGGCGGACUCAUGGACAAUGCCUACAAAGCGAUUAAGGACAUUGGCGGCUUGGAGUACGAGGCCGAGUAUCCCUAUGAGGCCAAGAAGCAGCAGUGCCACUUCAACAGGACGCUCUCCCAUGUCCAGGUCUCCGGAUUUGUGGAUCUGCCCAAGGGCAACGAAACGGCCAUGCAGGAAUGGCUCCUCACCCACGGACCCAUCUCGAUUGGCCUCAAUGCCAAUGCCAUGCAGUUCUAUCGCGGCGGCGUCUCCCAUCCCUGGAAGGCCUUGUGCUCCAAGAAGAACCUCGACCAUGGCGUGCUCAUUGUGGGCUACGGCGUCUCCGACUAUCCCAACUUCCACAAGACCCUGCCCUAUUGGAUCGUGAAGAACUCGUGGGGACCGCGCUGGGGCGAGCAGGGCUACUACCGCGUCUAUCGCGGCGACAACACCUGCGGCGUCAGCGAAAUGGCCACCUCUGCCGUGUUGGCCUAAUCCCCGACGGCGGCCACGACCACCCCGUCAAUCCGUCACCCCGUCAUGUAUGACUAUAUGUAUAUCUAGGUUAAUAUUCGAGCCAUUCAGCAAGACAGAAGAUAUCUAUCUUGGAGCUUCUACUUUGUGUACUUUCCGUUUCAAUGUUCAGCGACAGACGCGACGAGGAUAUCGUUUAGUUUCAUGCGAGCUUCAUGCGAGUCAAUGUAAACAGUAUAAUCAUUUCGAACAUCUGUAAUCUCACGACAAAUUCAGCAUCCCUCUCCCACAUAAAGCAGCUUAUAAACUGAAAUAAAUUUAAACUACGAAUUGUACGAGGAA